GCCGUCGGGUUGGCCGUCGGGCUGGCCGAGGAGCUGGCCGUGGGAUUGGGCGUCGGGCAAGACCUCAGGCUGGUCGUGGAGCUGGCCAUGGGACUGGCCGUGGGGCUGGCUGUCGUGCUGGCUGUCGGGCUGGCCGUCGGGCAGGCAGUUGUGCUGGCGGUCGGGGUGGCCGUCGGACUGGUCGCAGAACUGGCAGUCGGGUUGGCCAGGGGGCAGGCCGAGGGGCUGGUCGUGGGGCUGGCCGUGGGGCUGUCGGUCGGGCUGGCUGCGGGGCUGGCCGUGGGGCUGGUCGCGGGGUUGAAAAUCGGGCUGGCCGUGGGACUGGCCGUAGGCCUGGUCGUGGGGGAGGCCGUGGGGCUGGUCGUCGGGCUGGAAGUCGGGCUGGCCGUGGGACUGGCCGUGGGGCUGGCAGUCGGGCUGGCCGUCAAGCUGGCCGUGGAACUGGCAGUCCGGUUGGCCGUAAGGCGGCUGGCCGUGGGGCUGGCAGUCGGGCUUGCCCAGGGUCUGGCCGCAGGGCUGGCCGCGGUGCUGGCAGUCGCGCUGGCCCCGGGGCUGGCCGUCGGGCUGGCCGUCCGGCUGGCCGGGCUGGCCGUGGGACCGGCCGUGGGGCUGGCAGUCGGGCUGGCCGUCGGACUGGCUGCGGGGCUGGCCAUGGGGCUGGCCGCGGGGCUGCCCGCGGGGCUGGCAGUCGGGCUGGCAACGGGGCGGGCCAACGGGCCGGCUGUGGGGCUGGCCGUUGGGCUGGCCGUCGGACUGGCCGUGGGGCUGGCAGUCGGGCUGGCCGUGAGGCUGGCACUCGGGCUGGCCGUCGGGCUGGCCGCGGGGCUGCCAGUCGUGUUGGCCGUGGGGCUGGCCGUGGGGCCGGCAGUCGGGCUGGCCGCGGGGCUGGCCGUGGGGCACCGAACUACCUAG